GGGGCCGCGGCGGCAGCAGCGCAGCGGAGCGGCCGGAUCGGCCCCGCCGCCCGGGGCAGCCGGAGGAAAAUGAACCUGAAAUCGGAGCGCAGAGGAAUCCACGUGGAUCAGUCGGAGCUGCUGUGCAAGAAGGGCUGUGGUUACUAUGGCAAUCCUGCUUGGCAGGGGUUUUGCUCCAAGUGCUGGAGGGAGGAAUACCACAAGGCCAGGCAGAAGCAGAUUCAAGAGGACUGGGAGCUGGCAGAGCGGCUCCAGCGUGAGGAGGAAGAAGCCUAUGCCAGCAGCCAGAGCACUCAAGGGGCACAGUCCCUGACCUUUUCAAAGUUUGAGGAGAAGAAAACCAAUGAGAAAACAAGAAAGGUCACAACUGUGAAGAAGUUCUUCACGGCUUCUUCCAGAGCAGGAGCUAAGAAGGCAGCUCAAGAGAAAACCCCUAAGCAAGGACAGCUUGGGAGGGAGAGAAAUGCUGAUAACAUUCUCAGGGAUUUGAAGGAGAUUUUUACUCCCUCCUGGGAACUGGCUUCCCCUUCUGAAGCGUUGGCUGGCAAGCUGAAAGCAGAGAUCCAGGAGGCCAAGGCUCCCAGCCCUUCCAUCCACAGGCAGGCCAGCAUCGAGACAGAUCGAGUGUCCAAGGAGUUCAUAGAAUUCAUCAGGACAUGCCAGAAGCCUGGCCAGGACAUCUACAAGCAAUGCAAACUCUUUUUGGACACCAUGAGCCAUAAAAGGGAUUUAAGCAUUGAGGAACAGUCUGAAUGUGCCCAGGACUUCUACCAAAAUGUAGCAGACAGGUUGCAGACACGUUGGAAAGUGCCCCCUGAAAAAGUGGAAAAGGCAAUGGAUGAGGUUGAGAAAUACAUCAUGACUCGACAGUAUAAAUAUGUUUUUUGCCCUGAGACAACUGAUGAUGAGAAGAAAGACCUUGCUGUCCAAAAAAGGAUCAGGGCUUUGCACUGGGUAACUCCCCAGAUGUUGUGUGUUCCUGUCAGUGAGGAAAUCCCAGAAGUCUCUGACAUGGUUGUAAAGGCAAUUACAGAUAUCAUCGAGAUGGACUCCAAGCGUGUCCCUCGGGAUAAACUGGCCUGCAUCACCAAGUGCAGCAAGCACAUCUUUAAUGCCAUCAAAAUCACCAAAAAUGAGCCAGCUUCUGCUGAUGAUUUCCUGCCCACACUGAUUUACAUCGUUCUCAAGGGGAACCCCCCACGCCUGCAGUCCAACAUCCAGUACAUCACUCGCUUCUGCAACCCCAGCAGGCUGAUGACUGGAGAGGAUGGAUAUUAUUUCACUAACCUGUGCUGUGCUGUGGCCUUCAUUGAAAAACUGGAUGCUCAGUCUUUAAAUCUGAGCCAGGAAGAUUUUGAUCGUUUCAUGACGGGCCAGACCUCCCCAAAAAAGCAGGAAUCUGACAGUUUUUCCCCUGAUGUGUGCCUAGGGGUGAAGCAAAUGUGCAAAAGCUUAGACCUCCUCUCUCAGUUGAAUGAGAGACAGGAAAGAAUUGUCAGUGAAGCCAAGAAGCUGGAGAAAGACCUCAUAGAUUGGACUGAUGGGAUCACCAAGGAAGUGGAAGAUAUUGUGGAGAAAUAUCCCUUAGAAAUAAAACCAAAAAGUCAAGCCUUAGCAGCCAUUGACUCUGAAAAUGUGGAGAAUGACAAGCUGCCCCCACCACUGCAGCCUCAGGUUUAUGCAGGAUAAUUCCCAGUGGCAGCUUGGAAAAGCAGCAUUAUCCUCACCUAGCUGGGAAGGGAAGGAAAUUAAGGCUUAAAAAAAAAAAAAAAAAUCAGAUGAGCUUAAAUCAGUACAUUUUUAAAGGUACUUUUCUUUUUGGUUAAGUGUAAUGAAUUGUAUUUAUUUUAGUCCAGUAGAUUUCUAUUUAGGCUUUUGUGGGUUUUUUGAACUGAAUUUCAAUUUUCUACACAAACUGGUGUCAUUUUUAAGCAACACUAGUCCAUUGACAUCUCUUCUGAAAUCUUCCUUCUAAGCAUGCACUUAAUUGUUUUUAAUAAUUAGUUUAACUCAAAGCCAAGUUCCAGCAGCAGCUCCACAAGGUACCAGUGUUAGUCUGAACUUACUCUGUAGCUGUAAAGACGAACUAUAUAUUGUAAAAUAUGUAAAAUUGUAAAUAGAUUUCCAAUCUAAUGUCUCAGCUGUGCAUGGGCUUGUGUGUGAGUGAAAAUGAUCUCGAAAUGUUCAUUUUAGCACCUUUCAGCUCCAUCAUGUUGCAGUAGAAAGGCAAAAACGAGUUAAUCUGGAGGGGAGAAGUGAUGAAUUACAGAGGAUGUUGUUGUAGUGAUUUGCAAACUUGAAAAUCAUCUUAAUCUGCUUUGUUAAAAAAAAAAGAAUUAUUUAAAAGAUGACAUUUCUUCGUUUAAAUGCUCUGUCAGAACACCUGGUAGCCUUGAGUGGUGCACAAAAAUGCUGAUUUUACUGCUUUGGAAGGGAAUGUGGGGCCAGAAAUAGAAAAUAUUUCAGGAAUAGGAAGAAGUAUUUGUAGUAAAAAUUACAUAAUGUGGAACAAAAAAGGGGGAGGGGAAAGAGACCAUGAAAGAGUUGCUCCAAAAGUGGCUCUCUCUUCUGGUCAUUUCCAUCAGUGGGAUAAAUUUUGGUUGCUUUUUUGACAAUCCUGGGAAAUAAAUAAGUUCGUAUAAUUCGAGGUUGCUUUUUAGAAGGAGCAGGAGCAGAAAAAUGCACUUUAUUUCCAUGAAACAUCAACGUUCUGCUCUUCAGUGACCCCUUUAGCACCUUGAACACCGAGCUAAAAAUGGCUUCGUGCCACUAAAAUUCAGAUUGGGGUGAAAGAAGAGCUCACCCCACAAAAAGUAACCUCUUGCAACAGAACUUUGAAACAUUUUCUGUGUCAUUUGAAAUCUCUUCCAGCUCAAUCCAGCCCUGACUCCUUUGUGUACCCGAGAUCUCAAACACGAAGCUCAGCUGGAAUUCCUUUUAAGCAAUGUUAAAUUCUUGCCAUCAAGGAGGAAAGCACCUACCUCUUGAUUAAUUUCCACUUAAUUAAAGCACUGCUCCUAUUAAAUUUGCACUGCAAUAACUUCA